AUGCUGAAAGAAGCUGGUCAGGAAACAGAAAAGGGCGGAGCCCUGGAAGCAGCCCUCUGGUUGAAACUGGGAGACGCUGCGCAGGACACGCCAUCCGAGACGUCAGCCGGGGCCCGUGUGCGGAGAUGCUGCGCCGGGCACUGCAGUCUGGAGUGUGAGCGGCAGCGCUCCAGCUGCGGGGACCCCACAAAGCAGCCCCACCGCAGCCUGUCACUGGAAGAGCCUGAGCUCACACCUCUGAUCACAGUAAAGCUUUCCUUCGCUUCUGAACCCAACUCAGCCGCCUCCUACUGGCUCGAGCAGCACUAG